AUGAUUCAAAGCCUUGUUAAAAAUGUUCGGGUCCUCAUGAGGCCCUGCUCUACCCAACUUUACCAGAUUUGGGUAGGAAUGGAGUUCGUGGGCUUCAUCGUUCAUAAAAUCAGGAUUGCUGAUAAAAGAAGUAAAGCUUUGAAAAGUUCGAGUCCUGCACCUGCUCAUAGUCAUCAUUGA